AUGGCUCCGACACUAGAAGAGCAAAGAGAGCGACGAACCACUCUCACUCGUGAACGAGCUCAAAUCAAGAGCAGAAUCACCAAAUUGAAAAAUCACCUGGAAAAAUCGGGGAGUUACGCAGAUCCCCAAUACGUUGAUCGAAAUCUUUCUAAAAUUAAACAAGACCUUGAGACGUUACCUGAGAUCCAAGCUGCCCUAACGGCACUUGAGCCUGGAAUCGAUCAUACAGAAGCCACGGAAACCAUCACAGAUGAUUUUGAAGACCUAAUGGUAAUGAUUCGGCGAUUCAAAGAUCCAAAUCGCGAUAGCAACGCUCAAACAAGUCAACAAAGAGAAACUCGAUCAGCUGCUGGUUCACCACAUUUAGCCAAUCACGAUUAUUACUUGUCAUUACCAAAGAUGGAAGUGAAGAGAUUCGAUGGGAAAUUGGAAAAUUGGAGACCCUGGAGAGAUUGGUUCAUACCAACGAUUCACAAUCGUGAUACGUUGACAGAUGCACAACGUCUCGAUUUUAUGAAACGCACAACCUCGGGAGAAGCUGCAAAUACAAUUAGCGCCUUUGCGAUAACCGAUGAGAAUUACAAAGCAGCCUGGAAGCUACUCGAGUCAACAUAUGACAUUGAACACGUUCUUGUUCUUCACCAUUAUGAUCGUCUGAUGCAAACACCUGUAAUGAAGAAAAAUUCAGCGGAAGAAAUCAGAAAACUGGUUAAUCACGUUCAAACACAGGUCCUAGCCAUGAAGGGACUUGGAGAAAAGGUCGAGCAUUGGGAUACUCCAUUGGUCUACACGCUUCUCAACCGAUUGGAUAAGGAGACUGCCAAGGAAUGGAACAGAACUCAACAAGGCAAUAAAAUGCCCACAUAUGAAGAAUUGAUGAACUUCUUGAGGAAAGAAGCCGUGAAAGUCACGUCUAUGACUCCAACAGGGGCAAUCCCGAGCAUCUCCUCAAAUUCCAAUGCACAAAAACAAAAGAAUGGAAAUUAUAAGGCUCACGGUCAAAAGGCAUACUCUCUCUUGACCUCAACGGCCGACAAAUCCUGCCCCUUGUGUAAGGAGCAGCACAUGCUAGAGAAUUGUAGAAAAUUCAUUACACUGACGGUUCCCGAACGGAUUCAAGCAGCCCGUAGUACUCAUUUAUGCCUCAACUGCUUGAGACCCAAUCAUAAAACUCGGUACUGCAAAUGCUCAACAUGUGCUACCUGCCAGAAGAAACACAAUACUCUUCUGCACCUCGCCGAGGCAGACCUGGGUGCCAUAAAGUCGCCGUCGGCAUGA